AUGUCUCGUGGAAUAUCAAAAGUGCUUUGCCUUCCUGGCUAUCUACAAAGUGGUGCAACCUUUGCCAAAAAAUCAUCUGGGUUACGUAAGGCUUUAACAAAACAAUUGGGCGUGGAGUUGGAUUAUAUAGAUCCAUGCCAAACAAUUGAAUCCCAAAGUGAGCUUGGGUUCCCAUUAGCUGCGACAGAAGAGGAGUCUAAAAACGUUUGGAAUUCAAUAGUUGAGUCGGGAAACAAUCGUCGAUGGUUUGAACAUCAGGGUCCAUCGAAAAAUGCAGGUCUUGACGAUUCAAUUCAGUAUAUUAUCGAUCACAUAAAUAAUAAUGGGCCAUAUGAUGGUAUAAUUGGGUUUUCGCAGGGAGCCGCCAUGGCUAUCAUGGUAACAAAUUCAUUGCAGCGCAUGCUCCCCGCGCAUCCUCCAUUGAAAAUCGGCUUAUUCAUUUCGGGUUUUUGCUUGACGAAACCUUCAGAUGGCAACUUUAGUUCCGAGAACAAAGAAAGGAUUGCCGAGAUUACAGAUUUAGAGCAAUACAAACCAGAAGUGGUAUUCAGUUCUGAUGCUGAAAAAUACCUCAAAAUCGACGACGAUAAAGGAUUUGACACUGAUGUUAUCUUAGUUUAUGGAGAAAAUGAUUCAAUCGUGCCUGCUAUUAGAUCCAAAUAUGUAUCGACUUUGUACCCGGCAAGCAAAGUACAUUUUGUACCUCACGAUGGAGCACACUACGUUCCGAACCAGAAACCUUUUGUUAGGAAAAUUGUGGAAUUGUUUGAUCAAAAGGUUAAUGAAAAGUUGUAG